CCCUCCUUGUUUUCUCCCUCAGAGUCUCUGCAUUUCUCUCUCUUACAUUGCCUCAUUUCCCAUUCUGUUUCUGUUUCUUUUUGAUAAAAAGAAACGGAAGCUGCAUUGGCUGGCACAGGUUUGUGGAAGAGUUAAGAGGAGGGCUGGCAAGUAACUAUUUUUUGUUUUUUCCAUUACUUGGAUAAUUGAAGAGAGGAGGGAGUGACAGAUUUGAAUUGGGUUCUUACUUUUCUCGUCUUAGUUUAAGGCCUUCUUCCAAGUUAUAUAAAGCCCCAUUUUCCACCACAUUGUUCAGAAAAAACCAGUGAGAGAUUCUUUUUUUGUGCUUUUCUUGGUUUCUUUUAUUUCUUAUCCCCUGUUUUUUUCUCUGUUUUCCUCUGAUCUGCUGAGUGGGAGAAAGAGGCAGAGAUGGCUCAAAUUUCACCAAAGCUGCUGAUUCCAGAGUCAUUUCAAGUGUCGAGAGAUGAUAUUACAGGUCAACUUGGUUUGAUUUGGGAGCUAAUCAAAGCACCAUUGAUAGUUCCUCUACUGAAACUCGGUGUCUACAUUUGCUUAGCUAUGUCGCUUAUGCUCUUCAUGGAGAGGCUUUACAUGGGAGUAGUCAUUAUUCUUGUUAAGCUCUUCUGGAAAAAACCAGAGAAGCGUUACAAUUUUGAGCUUUUUCAAGAUGAUGUGGAACUUGGAAGCUCAAAUUUCCCCGUGGUCUUAGUGCAAAUCCCAAUGUUCAAUGAAAAGGAGGUUUACAAGAUCUCCAUUGGAGCAGCUUGUGGACUUUCAUGGCCGUCUGAUCGUCUCGUGAUCCAAGUACUUGAUGAUUCAACUGACCCUGCAAUCAAGCUAAUGGUAGAGCAAGAGUGCCAGAGAUGGGCAAGCAAAGGCAUAAACAUAACGUACCAAAUCAGGGAAAACAGAACAGGUUACAAGGCUGGAGCUUUGAAGGAAGGAUUGAAGCGAAGCUAUGUCAAACAUUGUGAAUAUGUGGCCAUUUUGGAUGCUGAUUUCAGGCCUGAACCUGACUUCCUUAGAAGAAGCAUUCCUUUCUUGGCCCAUAACCCUGACAUCGCUCUCGUUCAAGCUCGUUGGAGAUUUGUGAAUGCGGAUGAAUGCUUGUUAACAAGAAUGCAAGAGAUGUCAUUGGAUUACCAUUUCACAGUGGAGCAAGAAGUUGGAUCAGCAACACAUGCUUUCUUUGGUUUUAAUGGAACCGCUGGUAUUUGGAGAAUUGCUGCCAUUAAUGAGGCAGGUGGGUGGAAGGAUAGAACCACCGUGGAGGACAUGGACCUUGCCGUCCGAGCUAGUCUUAGGGGAUGGAAAUUUGUUUACCUUGGUGACCUUCAGGUGAAAAGUGAACUUCCUAGUACUUUCAAGGCAUUCCGCUUCCAGCAGCAUAGAUGGUCCUGUGGUCCUGCUAAUCUGUUCAGGAAAAUGGUAUGGGAGAUCAUUCAAAACAAGAAAGUGAAAUUCUGGAAGAAAGUAUAUGUUAUCUACAGCUUCUUCUUCGUGCGAAAGAUCAUUGCUCAUAUGGUCACCUUUUUCUUUUACUGUGUUGUUCUUCCGCUUACAAUUUUGGUACCUGAAGUUAAAGUUCCUAUUUGGGGAGCCGUUUAUAUUCCUUCCAUCAUCACCAUUUUAAACUCAGUAGGAACUCCAAGAUCCAUCCAUCUACUAUUUUACUGGAUUCUUUUCGAGAAUGUUAUGUCAUUGCACCGGACUAAGGCAACAUUUAUUGGUCUCCUGGAGGCUGGCAGAGCCAAUGAAUGGGUAGUCACUGAGAAACUAGGAGAUGCUGUCAAGAAAGCGGCAGAUGCUGCUAAGAACAAGACAAAUGUCAAAACGCCCAGAAAAUUUAGAUUCAAAUUCACUGAUAGGCUCAACACAUUGGAGUUAGGAUUCGCGGCAUUCCUCUUCCUUUGUGGAUGCUAUGAUUUUGUCCAUGGGAAGAACAAUUACUUCAUAUACCUCUUCCUCCAAACAAUUAGCUUCUUCAUCACAGGAAUUGGCUAUGUUGGCACCAUCAUUUAGUGUCACAACGACAUUGGCACAAUCCUGUAAGCGUUUGUGUUGGUGAUCAGUGUUUUUGUCCCCCACAAGAUAAGUGGGAGCCGGUCUGCAGCCAUUUGACUGCAAUUAUAUUGCUUAUUUUUAGCUCAUUCAAACAGAAACAGGUCUUUCAACGUAUUCAGCACCAAAAGAAAACUUGUCACCGUCUCUCCCUCCAAAUCAUUCCAGCAAAUGAGAAUUCACCAGAAAAAAGUGGUGUUAUGCCAAUAUAUUAUACAGAGUCAAGGACAAAGAAAAUACAAAAAGAGCCUGUGAUAAUAGACAACAGGGAGUGAUGUUUGCUUGUAAUUGUGAGAUUUUUUUUCUUUUCUCUUGUUUCUUCUUUUGGGUUUCACAUUUUUUAGUUUUACAAGCUUUUCGAAAGGAAUAAAGUGAUGGAUAGAAGGGUGAACUUUGUAAUCACAGUUAAUUUAUCAAAUCCCAGUAUUUAUAUGUUUCUGUUA